AUGCGGCCGCCGGCGCUGCCGCGGCUCCCGGUGGGGCCGCUGCUGCUGGUGCUGGUGCUGCUGGAAGCCGCCCGCUGCGGGGAGGCUGCGGCCCCGCGGGCCGCCGCCACCGCUUCCCCGCGCCCAACGGAGGCGGCCGGCGGGGCCGCCACGCGAAGCAGCAGCGGCAGGAGCCGCCUGGCCGAGGUGCCGGCGCCGCCCGAGCAGGGCCAGCCCAUGACCCAGCGCGCCCUGUCCGUGCUGGUGCUGGCCAGCGCCGCCCUCAUCGUCUACUUCGUGAUCCGGACCGUGCGGCUCAGAAGGCAAAAUAGAAAAACCCGAAGAUACGGAGUUUUGGAUACAAACAUAGAAAACAUGGAGCUGACCCCUUUAGAACAAGAUGAUGAUGAUGAUGAUACAACACUAUUUGAUGCCAGCCAUCCUCGAAGAGAAGUACGUGCCUUUCAAUGAAAGAACUUAAUCUUAGAACCAGAGAAGGAGACUGCUUCAUGAGAGAAAUAAGAAGCAAGAGGGUAUGCAAGUCGGGGGGAACUAAUUUAAUUUGUGUAUUUUGUGGCAUCCUUAAUAUCUUGCAAUAAGUAAUGUAUCAAUUUGUUGUAUCUUUUUGUAUAUAGAGAUUCUCAAUGUAUAGCCUAUGGGGAGAGAGUACUAAAUGCACUAAGAUAAAAUCCUAUUUGAAAAGGAGAUUACUUGUAAAACAGGGUAUUUUUUGCUUGUUACAAGUCUUGUAUGCCAUUAAGUGUGGUAUACACUUUUUUUCUACAGUAACCUGGAAUGUUAAUUUUUUCUUCUGAUAUUAAAUUGUAAGUAAAUAAAGUCACUGUGGACUUACCAGAAUUGUUAGAACAUGAUUUUAAUUGAGGAGGUGAUUUAUUGUUUACCAAUAAAAAGCUAAACCACUG